GAUAUAUAGUGAUGUUCAGGAGUCUUCCAGGGUCACUUCCAGUCGCGCAGCGCUGAACGAGAGUCCUCUCUCUCCCUUGCCCUAGUGUUUCAGGACUUUAUUUCUCUCGAGACAAGUGGAAUUUACCUGUUCAGUCUCUUAAACAAAUAAUUCGGCAUGGCAAAAUUCAGGGCGCUCCUAGUCAGCCUGUCCUUUGCGUCAAUAUGGAUGACCUCCCAAGCUCAGGGGGGUAUGUCUCUGCUCUCCCAGGUUCUCCCGAGAGAUACUUUCCUCAUUGGUAAUCCAAUAGUGAGGCCAGACGGUGCCUUUAUUAAUGCCCCUCCUCCUCCUCCUCAUCUUUCUCCGGUGGCGCCCUUCAGACAAGCCGCCUUAGCCCAGAGAGUGCGUGACAGCUCACAAGAUCCUGUUUUUCAUCGCCCUGUACUACCUCACCAGAAUUAUCCCUUGCAAGUAAAUCCACUGCGUCAGGAUCAGCAACGUCGGGACCAACUACGACCUUCUACAUCUAGAUUCUCCGUUGACCAGCAAGUGCCCCAGCUACCAGUUGUUCCUCCGAGAGCAGAUAUACCACAGACCCCGCUCUUCUCAGCUGCCAGUGGCUCGCCUUCGAGACCUCAGACUGUCCCACAAAGAGCAGAUAUACCACAGACGCCGCGCUUCCCAGCUGCCAGUGGCUCGCCUUUGAGACCUCAGACUGUCCCACAAAGAGCUACAGUUCCAGAAACCUCGUUUGGCUCAUCUGGUGGUGAUUUUCCCACUUCAGUUCACCAACCAGGAAAUACCCAAAGUAAUCCUCCAAGAUCACCUCCAACAAAGACACAGGUUGCAUCAAGUGGCAGCUUCACCCCCUCCGGAGUCACCCAUAACUUUCCUGUAAAUCCUCAGCAGAAGCCAUUGGGACAAACACCCAGGAGACAUCCAAUGUGUGGAGUAACACCACCCACUGGUGACUGUCGUGCUGCAUUCCCUAGGUACUACUACAACCCUCCCCCGAACGGACCAGUGUGACUGUUUUCUGUACGGAGGAUGCGGCUCAGAGGGUCUGAAGUACAGCUACAGGACACUUGAGGAAUGUGUGGCUACUUGCCACCCACUUCACACUGACGAGGGCCCUGUUUGUGAGGAGCUCUUCAGAGAAGAGGAGGUCUUCUUUGACACACCGGUCGAAAAGCCCGUUUCAUUCAACCAGAUUGCUAACAACCCAAGCACUGAUCACUUAUCAGAUGGCGAGAUUCUCUACAUAUUUGCAAAUUCCGUCUCUCCGCAAGAGCUCGCUGCCAGAGAAAGCAACAGAGUAAGACCGAGAACCCGUUAUGUCGGGAGCUUUCCCGGCUAGUCCCAUCGGACGAAAGGCAGUGCAGAGUGAGAAUGCGAGUGCGUCGGUUGAUGUAAGAAAUUGUUAAAUUAUUUCCUUUACGAUUAAUGAUGAUAAAAUGAAGGUAUUUCAUAUUCCACAUAUGAGAUCGCAAUGAUGUACCUCUAUAUUAGAGAGCCCGUAUAGAUCAAUAAAACAUAUUUCUGCUAUUUAAUCUUUUUUAUAUAAUACACGGAAGUUUUUGUA